CUUCUCCACACACAACACAACCUCCUUCUUCACUCUUCACUCUUCACUCUUCACCCAUUUCUUCUAAGCGAAAAAUGGAAAACCUCGACAACCACAAUACCUUCCUCAUGACCUCGAAAGACACAAGCUGGUACUUCUUCACCCUCCCCGCAUUCCUCGGCACCAAAACCCUCCUCGGCGAUGGCGACACCUACUACCUCCUCUUCUCCCUCCUCGCCGCCUUCCUCUCCCUCGCCGCCGUCACCUGGCUCUUCACCCCAGGUGGCGCAGCAUGGCGCCACGGCCGCACCUCCCGCGGCCCGGCCCACAUCCCUGGCCCACGCGGGCUCCCAGUAUUCGGCAGCCUCUUCGCCCUCAGCCGCGGCCUAGCCCACCGCACCCUGGCUUCCAUGGCUUGGGCCAGAUCCGGGACCAACAAGCAGCUAAUGGCUCUCAGCCUCGGCGGCUCCACUCCCCUCGUCGUAUCCUCCGACCCGGCCACGGCGCGGGAGAUUCUCACAUCGGUCGGCUUCGCCGACCGUCCCAUCAAGCAGUCGGCUCGGAGCCUAAUGUUCGAGCGCGCCAUCGGGUUCGCACCCAACGGCUCGUACUGGCGGCUCCUCAGAAAAAUCGCCUCGGCUCACCUCUUCUCCCCGAGACGCAUUGCGGCUCACGAGCCGAUGAGGCAAGCCGAGUGCGCCGCGAUGCUGGACGGCUUGGCCAUCGAAAUGGCUACCAAAGGACGCGUGGUGCUCCGGUCCCACCUCCAGCUGGCGUCUCUUAACAACAUAAUGGGGAGCGUCUUUGGGAAGCGAUACGACGCCGUGGAGGACCGGUUCGAGCUGGAGCAGCUCAAGGAGAUGGUUCGCGAAGGGUUCGACCUGCUGGGCGCUUUCAACUGGUCCGAUUACCUGCCCUGGCUCAGCUGGUUCUACGACCCUUGCAAGAUCAACGAGCGCUGCGCCAAGCUCGUGCCACGUGUCAGGGUACUCGUGAAGGGAAUUAUCGAGGAGCACCGAGCGAAAGGGAAGUUCGGCGGUGACGGUGGCGAUUUCGUUGACGUCUUGCUGUCGUUGGAAGGAGAGGAGAAGCUCGAAGAGGACGACAUGAUCGCUGUCUUAUGGGAGAUGAUAUUCAGGGGAACCGAUACGACCGCGCUGCUAACCGAGUGGGUGAUGGCCGAGCUGGUCCUCCACCCUGAAAUCCAGCAGAAGCUACGUGCUGAGCUGGACACCAUAGCUGCUGACUUGACGGAUGCUGACGUGGCGAAAUCGCCUUACCUUCAGGCCGUGGUGAAAGAGACGCUACGUGUACACCCGCCAGGCCCGCUGCUAUCGUGGGCCAGGCUGUCCACGUCGGACGUCCAGCUCAGCAACGGGAUGGUGGUCCCUUCCGGCACCACGGCAAUGGUGAACAUGUGGGCCAUCACCCACGACCCGGAGGUUUGGGCCGACCCGUUGGAGUUUCGACCCGAGAGGUUCGUGGAGAAAGGCGGCGACGUGGAUGUUCGCGGUGGCGACUUGAGGCUGGCUCCUUUUGGUGCUGGACGUAGGGUUUGCCCCGGGAAGAAUCUGGGGAUGAAUACGGUGGCGCUCUGGGUGGCGAAGCUGGUGAACCGGUUCGAGUGGGCCGAGGAUGUGGUCGAGCCGGUAGAUCUCGACGAGGUGUUGAAGCUUUCCUGCGAGAUGAAGCAUCCUUUGCAUGCGGUGGUCGUGGCUAGGAGUUAGGGUUUUUUUAAUAACCAUGCAGUGACGUAGAAACAAAGAAGUAUGAUGGGUGUGGUGGUGAUGUUUUGAUCUUUUGUUGCUAUCUUAGCCCUUAGGGUUUGGAUAUUUCUGCUCUUUUUAUCUUUGUCGCAUUUUGGAUUGCUAUCGAUGCCAUAAGGGUGUGAUAGUUUAAAAGGGAAAGCGUCGUAAAAUAAUGUAGCGCUUUUCCU